AUGGCGCAUAGUACGAAACCGAGCUCGAACGUAAUUUCCUUUGAUCCGUACAAGACCUUUGACCCCAAGCCUAUUUGGGCCCAUGCUACGUCCUCCAAAGGCCCUGGCCGAAUAGUUUGCACAGCUGGGCAGGUUGGGGCGGAUGAAAACAACGUCGUCCCUCCCAACAUAGACGACGAAAUCGCGUUGGCUUUCUCCAAUUUGCGCCGCUGUCUUGACGCCACUGGGGCCUCGGUGACUGACAUCCUGAAGCUUGUGUACUACAUUGUUGACUACGACCCUGAUAACCGCCCACACUCGAAGCAUCUCGUCAAAUUUCUUGAUGGUCAUCGUCCAACCACAACGCUGAUUCCGGUUACAAAACUUGCUCGGCCGGAUUACCACUUUGAGAUAGAGGCAACGGCUUCAGUCGAACAAUUUACUAGGCGAGUGGCAGACGUUGUUAUCGUCGGAGCCGGCCUUAGUGGGCUUUCGGCGGCUCAUGAGAUCCAAAAAGCGGGGAUGUCGUGCGUCGUGGCUGAAGCGCGGGAUCGCGUAGGUGGGAAAACACUGUCAAUAGAACCGCUGAAUGAUGGCCGGACAAUUGAUUUGGGUGCCGCCUGGAUCAACGACACGAACCAGAAAGAGGUAUUCGCGCUUUCAAAGUCGUUGGGGCUCGAACUUGUACAGCAGAAUACAUCAGGAUCGGUUAUACAAGAAGAUAUCGACGGCAGCGUGUCACAAUUUUCAUAUGGCUCAGUACCAGAGGUGAGGUUAUUUCUAGCCAACUCAAAUAUUUUGCUAAAGACCUUGCAGAGGCUGUCCGAACCUAACGGAGUUGACAAUAUGGUCUUCAUCAGAGAUUUAGCGGAUGAAGUCAGUAGAAAUCUUGACCUCUACGGUGUCGGAAAGGACAAAAAUGCACCAGAUCACCUUACACUUGAGCAGUGGCUUCACGAAAAAGGCGCGACUCCUACCGCGAUCGCUACAGCCACAAUUUGGACAAGAGCAAUGCUAGGGCUGGAACCUUCCGAGAUGAGCGCACUGUUCUUUCUUGACUAUUGCCGACGUGGCGGUGGCUUGUCAACAAUGCGAUCCGAUCGAAAAGACGGCGGCCAAUAUUUGAGGUUUGCCAAAGGCUCCCAGCAGCUAUCGCUGGGUCUUGCAAAGUUGCUUCGCCCAGGAUCGCUCAUUUUAAAGUCUCCUGUCCAGCAAAUUCAGCAAGCACCAACUGGGGUUCUUGUGUCAACUGCACGCGGCGAGAUUUUAGCCAAACGAGUCAUCGUAACCGUUCCAACGCCGCUUUACCACCUAAUCAACUUCUGCCCUGCGCUUCCCGAAUCCAAGGUUGAACUCAGUCAGAAAAACCGACUUGGGUACACAAAUAAAGUCAUGCUACUAUACGACCGUCCGUGGUGGCGAGACGCUGGCUUGUGUGGCCUCCUGCAGUCUUUCAAAGGGCCAGUGGCGGUCUCGAGAGACAGUAGUGUGGAUGAAACCGGGCAGUUUUCCUUGACCUGUUUUACUGUGGGCCAGCCCGGUCGUGAACUGUCUAAACUCCAGCAGCAUGAGCGAUAUGAAAGAGUAAAGCAACACAUCCGGAAGCUCUUCGGGGCCUAUACGAGCGUGCCUGAGCCAAUUAACGUAUCCGAAUAUGAGUGGGCAAUGGACCAAUGGGCGCAGGGAUGCCCUUGCCCAGCAUCUCCCCCGCAAGUAUUAUUCAAACUUGACGAUGCACUGCGAGCAGCGCAUGGGAAAAUUCAUUUUGCUGGCACCGAGACGGCGUACGAAUGGAAGGGUUAUAUGGACGGCGCUAUCUCGUCGGGGAAACGAGCGGCGCAGGAAACCAUUGUGGCGCUGACCCAAUCCAAGCUUUAA